AUGAGCUCGCAGCUGUACUGCUACGGGAGCCGCUACUUCUCGCAGCAGAACAUGGGGAGACUAAUUGGAACAACAUUUUGUUUGGCGGGACUUUUGUCUCUUUUGACAAACUUGAUGAGGGAAUAUGCACUAAAAAGGAGUUUUGCUCCGAUGUGUCUUCUUGCAAUUUCUUUGUCCUUAGUUGCUGCUGCUCUGGUCUGUUUGCUGCAGUGUUUGGACCGCCGGGGGGCCCUGGGGCCCCCCCGGGUUGCAGCAGCAGCAGCAGCAGCAAAAAAGGCGAAGCUGCAGCAGCAGCAGCAGCAGCAGCAGCUGCUCGAGCUGCAGCGCAUUGAAACCUGCAGCGAGCCCCACAGACCCACAGAUGCAGAAGAAACCGAAGUCAAUAAAGAAGGUUAA